UCCUUCGUGCGCUUUUACGCACGGCACAUGGCUCACUUCCUCCCUCACUCACAGCGGAAGUAAACAAGUCGUGAACAUCAAUGAGCGCGUGACUCCCGCCCAUCCACAACAGCGGCAGAAGUGUAGUAAGACUGACCUUGCCCCGCCUCUCCUGCGCUCACUUUUGGAGAAAGUAAACAGCUCAGUUGUACACACCUUAUCGCUCGCAGGCAGGCGCGAGUGCGUUGCGCUUAUCCGCGCCAUCUAAACAACAAAACAAGCAAGAACCCCUCCGGAGAGCUGCAGCAGACGCGUUUGAGGCAGGUUGUUCCCUAGGUAUGCAGGCGAACAACAGGAGGCCAGAGUCUGUCCGUUCACAGAAGAAGACAAAAGGAUGAAAUGUGAUCACCUGAGCCGAUUGUGGGCACUUCACGUGAUUUUCUGCGCCAUGCGAUACCCUCCCACCGUCCGGGGCGCACGAGAUUUCGAAAAGAAAGUGUCUAUGAUGCUGAAAGAGGAACCAGAAAACCCCAAGUGCUUUGCUGAGGGCAGGAAAGACUUCACCUGCUUCUGGGAGGAAGAUGAGGAGAGGGCCGGCUCUGUGGACCAGUACUCCUUCACAUACACCUAUCAAAACGAGAACAGCAGCAAGUGUCCUCUGAGAGUCCUGCGUGCAGCCGGUGGGAAGAGGCUGUUCGUCUGCCAUCUGAACCGAACCCAGAUGUUUGUCCAAAUGGACAUCCAGGUCGAUCGAGAUGGAACGCAGAUCCACAAUCGCAGCCUUCUCGUCGAGCUUGUCUUUCUUCUGGACCCUCCGGCCAGCGUGACAGUGAACAGCACAGGCCAGCAAGGCCAGCUGAAUGUCAGCUGGGUGCCGCCGCCUCUCAAGUACAUGGAUGACAGCAUGAUGUACGAGGUCAGCUACACCGCAGCGGACAGCCAUGUGGGGCAGGUAGAGGUGGCACGAGCCAGCUCAGAGUUGAUCCUGAGAGGCCUGCAGCCAGGCACGAAAUAUAAGGUGCGAGUCCGUGUAAAGCUGGACGGGAUUAGCUACAGCGGCUAUUGGAGCGCCUGGAGUGACCCGGUGUUCAUGGAAACACCCCCUGCAGAACUUGAUCUUCUCAUCGUGUCCCUGACUCUCAUCAUCUCUCUCGUCCUCACUGGGAUGUCUCUCGCUAUACUCCUAUCCCAUCGCAGGUUUCUUGUGAAGAAGAUUUGGCCGACUAUUCCAACUCCUGACAGCAAGUUUCAAGGGCUUUUUACCGUUUAUGGUGGGAACUUUCAGGAGUGGUUGGGGCGCACCAAUGGAGGCUUAUGGCUGACUCCAGCGAUUUUCACCUCUGAAGAAUGCGCUUCACCCCUGGAGGUCCUAUCAGAGUUCAGCCUUUGCCCCUCAUUGGCUUCCCCGCCACUGCCACCGAAGGCCUCUAAAGCUUUGACUGGGGGCAGGAAGGAGGAAAUGGAUGUCAGGAAAGGGCUGGAUGAGAGCGAGCCUUUGGAAAGGGUGGACGCAGCUCUGACGGAGGGAUGGAGAACCACGACACACGACCAGUGGUUGAUGGACCGCUUACGGGCGUUCCACCGGAACCCCAUUCCGUCCUCCCAGUCUUCCCUUCUGGAGUCUCAAGAUGCCUACGUCACCCUGAACCACAAUGAAGACGAACACCUGGACGACAUCCUCGAGGAGACCUUACCCCUUGAGGUGCUUUUUGCCUCCAGAAAAACAGUGUUGUGUGAAUCUCACUCUGACCUGGGAUCCGUGCAGCAGAGCUCCGGGUCGGGUCGCCUUUCGUCCCAGUCAAGCUUUGAGUACCCAAACCACGUGUGGAUGCCCAAAGGCCCUGGAUACACCUACAUGGCCGUGGCAGACUCUGGGGUCUCCAUGGACUACAGCCCCAUGAGCAGAGUAGAGGAUAUUGGAAAAGUGGUCAUCUAUGCCAAUGAGUACAGGAACGAGAUCCCUGCUCAUGGAAGGCCCUUCUCGUCGAGGCAGCACCUUGUCAGUGGUGACGGCUGAGAAGGGACUAAGCUGGACAGGCUGCACAUGGACUGAGCCUUGAAGCAGGCUCUGUGAAGGGUAUCUGGAUAUUCACCCGAAGCUACGGAGCCUCUCUUUAACAGGAAGAGAGGUGCAGAGAGGAUUUGGAAGCUGACUGAUACAAAGGUGUAAGCUAAAGGACUCAGGAGGAAGAGUCCACACAUCAUUUCUACUAUAUCCAAUCCAUCCCUGAUCUGUACAGGACAAAACCAUUACAUGGAAAUGACAGCUGGUGUUCAGUGCAGAGGUCUGCAUGCUGAUCUGUGAGUAUCCUAUCCUGUGGAUCAGAUCAAGAUGUUAUUAUUCAAGUUCCAGAGUGCUUUUAUAAUGAUUCAUUCAUAUUUGAGCCAAGUGCACUCGGCAGAAUGGCUAUUAGGUUAAAAUACAGAGUAGACCUCCUAAAAUGAAAGACUGUGAACAUAACUGGCCAAUGCUAGUCCCUCUUAUAUGUCCUGAAGAAUAGGCUUGGUGAUAUUCUGUAUUAUUUGUCUCGUCAGCAAGUCCCAUAAAAAGACUAAAUCACUGAUUGAUUAUUUCUCUUCAAAGUCUUGCCUGUGUAGCCAAAGCCUCACAUGGCGUAUUCGUCUGUGACCUACUGUAGACUUUUUUGCCUGGCAGCUCUGUGAUGUGUUCAUGUCAUAUCAGAGUUACCCCAGUUAUGACACUCUGACUUGUAAGUGGAGUUCCUGUCAACUUCCAGGUUGUAAUUUGUGACUAGGAAUCCAAUUUUUUUGAAAGUUCUGAUAUAUCCAACUUGUAUCGAUGCCUCACAUUAACAUUUGGCACAGCAGUGCUUUUUGCUAAAUGUUAUUAGAAGCAUGCUGACACGCUCACAGUGGCAUUGCCAACAUUUUCUGAUCAGAUCUUAUUGUUGUGGUAGAUCAGACACUUCAUCCUCCUGGGAACUGUGGACAACCUGAUUCCAUGACUGUUGACAUAUUUCAGCCUGUACCUAACUGGUAGAUUUGCUGAACAACACUGCCAUCUGUAGAGCCAAGCAGCUGACAACAUGCCAGUGAGUCAACCAUUGUGACAUGUUCCUUCAUUGUGAUGAGCAUGCAUACAGGGGUUUAUUUAUUUGGUAUCAAACUCAUAUGCCAAUUACCACCACAAUAUUUGUUAAAAACUGCAGUGCCCAGUGGAGUAUAAUAUAGAAUAUUGCCAAGCUUAUCUUAAAAUUCCCUCAAGUUUAAAUCACACAGCUUUCACUUGAACCCUACAGCAUCAUGUCAAUGUCAUUUCCAGAUCUGAAGAAUCUCACUGUACUUGUAAAUAAUAUCUUGAUAUUUUAUGUAUUUUAUUUUAUGUGUUACAAAGGACAAUUAUAUCAGUAAGAUGUUGCCAUUUCCCAAACACAGACUACUACUGUAGGCUUCAGGGGAAGGUUUUAAGGCAGUAUUCAUUCACGUGUAACUGUUGUUAAUAAGUCUCCAACUUGUCAUGGCUAAGUUGUGUUUUUAGCCACUGCUGCCAUCUAAAGAACAGAGCAUCUCAAGUAUGUCCCAACCUUCACACCUCAUUUCAAAACAUUUAUAUUCAUUUUAAAGUCAAACUGGAACAUGUAUUUAUAUUUUCCAUGCUUGCUUACGUUUGUGUCUUUGGAAAAAUAUCUUGUAACUAAAGUUGUUUUAUAUAACUACAUUUCUAUAUGAUGAUGACUUAUAUUUUUGAAAAAAAAAAUGUGUGACUCAAAAAGGAAAUAAAGUUUUAAACCUCGAAACCCA